CACUACUAUCGAUUCUAUCGUUUGUUGUUGAAGAAAAAUGGCAGAUAUCUCGUUCUCUAGUCGUGCAUAUUGUAAGAUCAUCUUACACGCUGCUAAAUAUCCACAUUGCGCAAUAAAUGGAUUAUUAUUAGGCAAACAAAAUAGUAAAAGUGACAGUAAAUCUGUCGAAUUACAUAUUGAGGAUGUAAUUCCACUGUUCCACAUUUGUCUUCAUGUCUCACCUAUGGCGGAAAUUGCUUUGACCAUGGUUGAUCAAUAUGCUAUUGGUAAAGGUUUAGUAUUAGCAGGUUACUACUUAGCAAAUGAAAACAUAAAUGAUUUGAGUACAGAUAAACCUGCUCAUAAAAUAGCGGAUAAAAUAGCAGAAAAUUGCGGCAAUACUUUACUUGUAGUGGUGGACAAUAAAGAAAUUACACUUGCUAUGAGCUCAAAUCCCUUGAGAGUUUCACAAUUUGUAGAUGGCAAAUGGAAGCUUAAAGAUGUAACAGAUAUAUUAUAUGAUAAAGGAGUAACUCAUACAGAUGUAUUAUACUCCCUACUAAAAGCAGAAGAAUAUAGAAAUCUUGUUGAUUUUGAUAAUCAUCUUGAUGAUAUUUCUCUUGAUUGGCAAAAUUGUAAGCUUAAUAAAACUAUAGAAGAAUUUAUGGAGAAAUACAAAUAAACACAUUUAAUUAAAAUGCAAUUUUGUGAGAAUAUAAUUUGUAAAUAUUCUCAAAUACACUUAGGAACAUUUAAUGUAAAUAAAUUAAUAAAUAAGAAUGUAUUUUAAUA